UGUGUGUGUGUUCAAUCUAGUGUUUAGUUGCCGGCCAACGUUUUAACGAUUUUUACGUGAAAUUAAACAAAAAAGUCAAUAUUUAGGGUUUUCAAAACUUCAUAAAAUAUCACACAAAAAUAUUAAUUAAAAUUUUUUAAUGAAGUGCAGUCAUAAGUAUAAAAAACAAGCAGAUGUUUAUACUUUAGAUCUAUAACCUUUCAUCAUAAGUCUCAUUGUCUUUAGAUAUGAUAUAUUUGAGAAAGUUAUUGACUUCAAAGAUUAAAAAUGUUUACUAAUAUCUGGACAUUGAUUUGUUGGUACUUUAGACCUUUUGUAAAAUGGUUUUUACGUCACACAACCCAAAUGUGUGAACUUCAAAGGAUUUGUUAUGGUGAACCCUCGGGUGCGUCACGAGCGUUGGGGGUGGAGCAAUCAUUAAGACAAUCCCGUAAUGCAAAGAUUAAAGUCUUAGUUGCACAUCUCGAUGGUAUUGCUGAGCAACAAGGGAUAACUAUUAAAACUGAACGUAAAAUUUUAGAAGAAUCCAUAAGGUCAGUUUUACUCAUAAAGAAAAUAAAUCCUACAGCACAUCCAGAUUUUGCCAAGUCAUUUGGCAAAUGUGUAGAAUUAAUUUGGGGAUACCGUCAACUGGUCGCAGAUUGUGAAGAAUUGAGGCAAACGGCAUAUGAUUCAGAUGAUCCGGAGCAUGAAAUAUUAUUGCUAAAAUUGUGGAAUUUAUUAAAACCCACAGAAGCUCUUGAGGCAAGAGUAACCAAACAAUGGCAGGACAUUGGUUUCCAAGGUGACGAUCCAAAAACAGACUUUAGAGGAAUGGGAAUUUUAGGACUUAAAAAUUUAGUAUACUUUGCUGAAGAGUAUCCAGUUGCUGCUGCACACGUCUUAUUGCAUUCAACACAUCCACGACAUGGAUAUGCUUUUGCUAUUGUUGGAAUUAAUAUUACGAGCAUGGCGUUAAGGCUUUUACGUGAUGGUACGGCUAAAACUCAUAUCUACAAUUCAUCAAAAACACUGCCAAGUAUUCGUGCCUUUCAUCAAUUUUAUAGUUAUUUAUUUUAUGAGUUUGACGGGCUUUGGAUGCAGUCUAAGCCUAGCAAUAUGAUGGAGUUCUCAUCAAUUCAAGAAAAGUUUGAGAAUAGUAUCCGCAUUGCUUUAGCUAAUCCAACAACGAUAUUUAGAAUAAAUGUAUCUGUUGAUAAUAUUUAGUACAAAUUUUUUCAGUUUAGAUUACAAAGAGACUUAAAUGAAUUUUAUGUAUGACAGCUUGACAAUUUUUUUUUAUGUUACAACAUCUGUAUCAUUCCAUAUAAUUUAGUUGAAUGUGUUUUAUGAAAUAAUUUUGCUGUGUGAGAAAAACAAUGCAUAAAU